GGACUGUGGUGGGCAGCUCCGAUGCAGAGCUGGCCGCAAAGCUCGAUCAGCGUCCCCAAGGAAUCCUUCCGCCACUCAGGCUGUCACAGCGGGGAAUCCAUGAGCUUGUCCCUCUUUCGAUCUCUCUCUCGCUCCAGCCUAACGAAGCUUUGGGGUUGCUCCAGACCGGUUCACCAGCUCAUAGCUGGUAUAGCUGGACCCGUUCCUUGCUAACACCUCCUCUAAACGCAGGUACAUGCCUCCCACGUUGCUGGCUAUCAAAUUUUAUUUGUCGGAUAAGAGAACUCCAGCUAUGAACGGAAAGCUCUUGCAGGAACGGCGGGAUGGCCGCUGCUACUAGUCCAAGUGCCCAUCAAGGUUGGUAGUGAUAGCUCUGUAGAGCUAGAGCUCCCCAACUCCCACUCUUUGCUCUGAUCCGAGCACUUUGUAGCUUCUCAAUUCGUCCACGUGGGACUGGGAUAAGCCGCAGCUUGCCUGCAUGCAUGCCGGACGAUGCGGUCGACUUCCGGGAAGCGGGAAGCUGUGAGGUCUGGUGUCUUAAGUACAAAAUGACCAGGUUCCCAUCCUCAUCAGGCCCGAACUUCUCUCUGUCUAUCCUGUCGUCACAAAUCCUUGUAGCUCAGCCAGCAGGGUAAGCCAUCAGCGUCCCGCCUCAGCUCUCCGUGAUCCAGGACGGUCCGCCUCACCACCAUGCGCGCAACAAUCGGCCAUUUGGCCUUGACGGCCCUGGCCGCAGACCUUGCUGCCGCAUUCCCAUUCCAGCCUCGUGGUGAGAAGCACACUCCCAAGGCAUCACCUCAGGACUACUUGGUCUCCGUGGGUCCUCGACCAUACUACCUCAUCCACAACAUGACCGAGGGCCCCCUCAAGUCCAAGCUCGAGUCAUGCCAGAACACGCCCGGCGAAAUCACCGCAUGGAGCAUCGGCCACCGCGGCGGCGGUACUCUACAGAUCCCCGAAGAAACAGUCGAGUCAACCUUGGCCGGUGCCCGAAUGGGAGCCGGGAUCCUGGAGUGCGACGUGUCCUUCACCAAAGACCUGGGUCUCGUAUGCCGCCACGACAUUUGCGACUUGCACACCACGACCGACAUCUUGCUCCGGCCCGAACUGGCAGCCAAAUGCACCAAGCCAUUCACGCCCGCCAAUGCCACGCACAGCGCCUCAGCACUCUGCUGCACCAGCGACAUAACCAAGGACGAGUUCAUGUCCCUCUGCGGCAAGAUGGACGGGUCCAACUCGAGCGCCACCACGCCCGAGGACUACCAACAUGGUACUCCCUUCUUCCGAACCGAACUCUACGACACCUGUGGUCAAGUCAUGUCUCUAGAAAGCUACAUUGAUCUCGUCGAUUCGCUUCCCGGCUAUCGCAACUUCACCCCGGAACUCAAAACCCCGCCUGCUGCUGUGCCGAUGCCCUUCAAUGGCUACACGCAAGCCCAAUAUUCCCGAGACAUGAUCAACACCUUCGUCAAAAAGGGAAUCAGCCCCGACCGUGUGUUUGCGCAAUCUUUUACUCCGGCCGAUAUUUAUCUGUGGUUGAACGAGUUCCCUGACUUUGGCAAGCAAGCCGUUUUCCUCGACGAGGACGGUGAUGCACCAGGCAACUUCACCACUGCUGUCAACCGACUGCCUGCUUUGAAAGCUAGUGGUGUCAAUAUCAUCUCGCCCCCGAUCAACUACCUGUUGGCCGUGGGAGGUCCGGACAACAAGACCGUCGUGCCCUCGGAUUACGCCCUUACGGCCAAGAAGGCCGGUCUGGAUAUCAUCUCGUGGUCCUUUGAGCGGUCGGGACCUCUGACUCGUGUCGCUGCCGACGACGACUAUUAUUAUGAAUCUGUGGCUCCGAUCAUGCACUAUGAUGGCCAGAUGUACGAGGUUCUGGAUGUCCUGGGUCGUGAAAUCGGUGUCAAGGCCAUGUUUUCCGAUUGGUCUGCUACUGUCACUUACUAUGCCAACUGUUUCGGGUUCAAGGGGCCUGGAAACUGAAACUGAGUAAGUGAUAUGCGGUGAUUGAGCGGAGCGGAGACCGUCAGUGGGCACGCAAAUAAACAAAAGAGAAUGAGUGGAAAGAGAAAAGAAAGCUCAGCAACAGGAGGGACUGAAUAAUGAGGCUGCUACAGUACAAUAGGGACGCAGUCGAGUCUAAAAUACAAUCCUUGAUUAAUAUACAGUACAGUAUAUACCAGGA